AGGCCACCGUGAGAGAGAGAGGGGGGGUUGUCAUAUGUUUAAAGAAAAACGGAGGAAAAGAGGCCACCACAGUAUUCUCCAUCUCCUUCCUUCUUCUAGUUCUUCUUCAUCGUCUUCUUGAAUCCCACCAAACCCCUCAAGCUUCCAUGAAAUGGGCCGAGCUCUAGCGCCUCUCCUGGCUAACUUCACCUUCUUCCCUCUCCUCCUCCUCCUCCUCCUCCCUCUCAUCUCUCCGUCACAGUCCCUCAAAGUGCAAGAUCUCCAGUUCGGCCCCUUCGAUCCCUCCUACUACAACAAGUUGAACGUCGUCUUUCCGGCCACCAUCUCCAACCAGGCGCUCCAGGUCACCCCCGACUCCACAGGCAACUUCCCCCUCCAGAACAGAUCUGGCAGGAUCCUCUACAAGCAAGGCUUCAAGCUCUGGGACGGGCCCCCCGAGGCCCCCACCAAACUCGCCUCCUUCAACACCUCCUUCGUCAUCAACAUCUUCCGGGUCAACAACGCUACCCCCGCCGAGGGCCUGGCUUUCAUUGUCGCGCCGGACCAAACCCUCCCGGCGGGGAGCUCUGGCGGCUACCUCGGGCUCACCAACGCCGCCACCGACGGCCUCCCCAGCAACCACCUCCUGGCCGUCGAGUUCGAUACCUUCAAUCAGUCCUAUGACCCGGACGCGAACCACGUCGGCCUCGACAUCAACUCGGUCCACUCCAACCAGACCGUCUCGCUGGCGAACCUAGGCUUCCAGCUCGCUCCGAACGGCACCAAAUUCUUCCAUGUCUGGAUCGAAUACGACGGCGGCCAGAAGAUCUUGGAGGUCUACAUGACCGACGAGGACCAGUCCACCCCGACGAAGCCCAAGCCGGGGUCUCCAAUCAUGACGGCGAGCCUGGACACGAGCAAGGUGGUGAGCCAGAACUCCUACUUCGGGUUCGCUGCGGCGACCGGGGACAACGUGGAGCUCAACUGCGUGCUGGGUUGGAACCUAACGGUGGAGGAGCUGCAAGGGCACGCCGCGGGGUUGGUGAUCGGGCUGGCCGUCGGCAUCCCGGUGGCGGUGCUGGCGCUGCUCGGGGCGGCCGCCCUGGGCGUCUGGGAGGCGGCGGAGGGGGCGGCGAGCGACCCGAACAUCCUGGGGACGCUGAAGAGCUUGCCGGGGACGCCGAGGGAGUUCAAAUUCAGGGAUCUGAAGAAGGCGACGGGGAACUUCGACGAGAGGAACAAGCUGGGGCAGGGAGGGUUCGGGGUGGUGUACAAGGUGCUGCCGACGGAGAACCAGCAGGUGGCGGUGAAGAAGUUCUCGAGGGACGAGCUGAAGAGCAAGGACGACUUCCUGGCGGAGCUCACCAUCAUCAACCGCCUGCGCCACCGCCACCUCGUCCCCUUGCUCGGAUGGUGCCACCAGAAUGGGAUGCUGCUCUUGGUCUAUGACUUCAUGCCGAAUGGGAGCCUCGACAGGCACAUCUUCUGCGGCCCGGAUACGCAGGCUCUAGGGUGGAGCCACCGCUACAAGAUCGUCACCGGCGUCGCCUCCGCCCUCCACUACCUCCAUGAUGAGUACGACCAGAAGGUCCUCCACCGCGACCUCAAGGCCAGCAACAUCAUGCUCGACUCCAACUUCAAUGCCCGACUCGGUGACUUCGGCCUUGCCCGUGCCAUCGACAACGAGAAGACCUCCUACGCCGAGCUCGAGGGCGUCCCGGGAACGAUCGGCUACAUCGCCCCCGAGUGCCUCCACACCGGCAAGGCCACCCGAGAGUCCGACAUCUUCGGCUUCGGCGCGAUCAUCCUCGAGGUGGUGUGUGGCCAGCGCCCGUGGAGGAAGGCCGGGUAUGGCGGAUUCCAAUUCCUAGUGGACUGGGUGUGGUCACUCCACCGCGACGGGCGGAUCCUGGAGGCCGUGGACGAGCGCCUGGGCGGGGACUACGAGGCGGAAGAGGCCCGGCGGCUGCUGCUCCUCGGGCUGGCUUGCUCCCACCCGACCGCUGCCGAGAGGCCCAAAACCCCGACCAUCGUGCAAAUUCUUUCCCGGUCGGUGGAUGUGCCGCGCGUCCCGCCUUUCAAGCCCGCGUUCGUUUGGCCCUCGGCGAGCCCACUGACCGAGGAUGGAGAUACCAUGGACGUGACGCCGAUGACGUCGUCAUCGCGGUUCGGGUCAGGCUGGACGCCGAGAUUUGUGAGUAAAGAAAGCGAUGACGGGUACGCCAACAGCUCUCCCGUGUGAGAUAUGAAAGAUUGGAAUGGCCUCGUGGGACUGCAACAGUGCUGCGGGGAAAAGAAAAGUUUUUUUUUUCUUUCUCCUUUUUAAUCAUGAUUUUCCCUAUAUCAUUUUCAUUGGCGUGUACAUCGUAUUUCUUUUUUGUUCGAUUUACUAAUUUAGUUGUUCUUUUUUUU